CGGUCAGGGUCGGCGAUUUCUAUAGACGUGCCGUGGGCGCUUUGGAAAGGGAAUCGUUUGUGGGCAUUGCUGUCCACAACGCCGGUGUCUGCUUACUGGGGGUGCAGUAGCGCGCCGGGCAGGUGGGACCCCAUGAUCACCACGCUGCCAGGCUUGUACCUGGUCUCGGUGGGAGUAGUGAAGCCCGCAGUGUGGCUCUUCGGGUGGACGGGAAGCGUGGUGUGCUCUGUCGGAAUGCUCAGGUUUAUUAACCUCCUCUUCAGUGCUGGGAACUUCUAUUUACUCUAUUUACUUCUGUUCAAGAUCCAUCAGAAGAAUAAGGCUGUGUCUGGUUUCCAGAGAAUCUUGUCUACAUUAACUCUUGCAAUGUUUCCCACCCUUUAUUUUUUUACAUUCCUUUAUUAUACGGACCCAGGAUCAGUAUUUUUUACUCUCUUUGCCUAUUUAAUGUGCCUUUAUGGUAACCAUAAAACUUCAGCGCUCCUUGGAUUUUGCGGCUUCAUGUUUCGUCAGACAAAUAUUGUGUGGGCAGUUUUUUGUGCUGGAAAUGUUAUUGCAGAGAAGCUAAAUGAAGCCUGGAAGACAGACUUACAGAAAAAGAAAGAUGAAAAGACUUCUUCCAGGAAAGGAUCAUUUUCAGAUUUGAUCAGAAUAUUGCAGUUUCUUAUUCAACAUAUCAUAUCGCCUAAAAACUUAUUUACACUUAUGGCUUUAACUUGGCCAUACAUCAUAUUAGUAAUGGUGUUCUUUGUUUUUGUGUUUAUCAAUGGUGGAAUAGUUGUUGGUGACAGAAGUAGCCACGAAGCCUGUUUGCACUUUCCUCAGCUGUUCUAUUUUCUGUCCUUUACUGUUUUUUUUUCAUUCCCUCAUUUAUUGACCCCUACUAAAAUCAGGAAAUUUCUUCUCUCAUUACAAAAGCACCCUGUGCAGUACAGCUUAAUUGCCAUCACCUCUUUAUUCCUGAUCUGGAAAUUUACCUAUGUGCAUAAGUACUUACUAGCGGAUAACAGACAUUAUACAUUCUACGUCUGGAGAAAAGUCUUUCAAAGACAUGAGCUUGUAAAAUACAUAUUAGUUCCAGUCUAUAUAUUUGCUGGCUGGAGUUUUGCUGAUACACUAAGAUCAAAAUCAAUAUUCUGGAUCUUAAUGUAUUUUAUAUGUUUAUUAGCAGCCACAGUUCCUCAAAAAUUGCUGGAAUUCCGUUACUUUAUUUUGCCAUUCUUAAUAUAUAGGCUCAAUAUUCCAUUUCCAUCUCUAUAUAGACAACUUCUGGAGCUGGCUUUUUAUAUUGUUGUGAAUGCAGUAACUUUGUAUCUUUUUCUAAACAGAACUUUCCAUUGGCCAGAUAGUGAUGAAAUCCAGAGGUUUAUGUGGUGACUUUUUUUUUUUUUUUUUUUUUUUUUUUUUGAUGCUUUCAUACCCUUAGGAGAGCCCAGUUCUGUUUCAGGACUGUGGAUUCUGCAAUGAAGCAAUAUGCUUUGCAUUGUGUAAGGACCUUUUUCCCCAGUUGGAAUUGGGGAAGUAAGCUGUUUGCUUAUUUCUUGGAACUGAAUGUGAGAUCUGAUUUGUUGUAAUGUGAAGAUACUCCAUAUAUUGAAUUUAUGAGCUCCUGGAAUUAUCAAAUUCAAUAUGAGGGGAAAUUUGAGAAAUUGUGAAAUAAGGGAGAUGUUUACAGUCAUUUUUCAUUAUAAUAAAAUAUUAUUAUAUAAUAUGUCUUUCAGGGUAUGACAGUUUAUGUUUCAGAGGUUGCUCUUUAAAACAGUAUUUAAGCGUUUAACCUUUUUGUUACCUCUGGGUGCGUAUUUACUCCUUGGAUCAGGCCACUUCCAUCUAGGUUUGCUAGUGGUCAAGGUAUGAACCACUGCUAAAGUAUAAUGUUUUCAAAACCUUCUACGUCCCACUGAAUUUUCAUGAUUUUUUUGUCAAUAUAUGAUUACAUUGGUUUUGCAAACAGAAUGAAGGCUCUUAAAUCAUUAGAGCAUUUUGAAAAUUUUAUUUCAAACCUUAUAUUCAGAAAAUAUAGUGGAGGCUAUCUGCAUGUACCUUCUUUGGAGGAAUAAAUAUUAUUGUACAACAAAACAUAAAUUGCCGUUGAUAAUGUGACCUAUUAGAAAGGGAGUAAUUUAUGUAUGUCAAACUGAAACGUGUCAUUACUCAGUGGAAUGCAGUCUAAUGAAUACCCUUUUAAAUAAUCAGGCUUUUAUGUCCUGAGGUUCUGUGUUCACAGGUUUGUACUGAAGUAGGAUAUGAGUGCACUCCCAAGUUGAACUGAGUGUUUCUGAGAUCCUGGAUGUGUAAUCUUAAAGAAAUACUGAUGGCAUUACUGAAUCGUUCUUUUAAAUGUUUUUCAUAUAGAUAUACAAAUCUAAUGGAACUAGGGAGUAUGUAUUUUGUUUUACAAAAGUAAAAUACAAUGUGUGUAUAUAUAUAUUUUUAAAAGCAUCUAGUGCAUUAUCAUCAGAAUAAAUGAAGGCUGUAAUGGUUCCUGUCAGUAAAUGACUUUAAUUAGACUAAAAAAUAUUUGAUUGCUGAAAGUUAACUGUUAAGCAGUUUUAUAAAUACAACUAAAUUAUGUGGCAGGGAGGAUCCAAAACUUCAGGUACUAGGUAGCAUCUUAAAAUUCUUUCUUAUUCUGUAAUAAAAAUAGUGCAGCCCAAUCUAUGCAAACUUAUGAUAUUAUUGCCACUCCAGUCACUCUGAAAUGGAAUUGUUUCUCAGAAGGUCAGUACUGUGAAGUUAUUACUCACAGCGGUACUGUUUGGUUGGGGUUUGUUUUUUUUUUUCUUUUACAGUAUGCAGAUCAAUGCCCUGGCUCUGAUCCCUUCCCUGUACUAACACUAUGAAGAGUGUGGUUAACUCAGAUUCUCCUGUCCGAUGUUUUUGCAACCCUGUUUCUUCUAAGGAAACCUUAAAGCCACUCCUCAAUGAGUAGGUUUAUUUGUAUUGAAUUUAAGAAAUUUGCCAGGUCACUGUUUGCUUCUUGGCCUGUUGCCAGCAUGGUCAUUUGUUGGUAACAUAUGUACCAUAGGGAAAGCCAUUUUUGAUCACUCCCUGUUUGCUUAUAUGUAAGUUGAAGGGGCAAUAGAAACCUGAAAUGGGUUGCUUUUAAAGAAUCCAACAUGGUUCUUGCAGAGUCCAGGAUGUUGUCUUGUCAUUUUAGUAUGACAGAUUUGGGGGGGAAGUCUUGCAUGCCUUCUGCUUCCAAUUUUGUUUUUGUAUACUAUGCCAGUAAAAACAUAAACAAGGUAAAGAGUAUAUACUUGUUUUAGUACAAUUUCAUUUGUGUCUUCAAAUUUUAGUUCUGAGUGAGUUGAAAAGUAACAUGGGAAGGGAUGCGGCUCUGGCUAGAAUUCUGAAUUGUCUUCUAGAUCUGGGUUUUUCUUCUGGCUUUAUGUAGGGAAGCAGGUGUUCAUUAGCUUGACAAGAUGCAAAAAUUCAUGUGCUUAAAUAGUCCACAGGUGUUUUGUUUUGUCCAGCAUGUCUAUUGAUGCUGGUAUGUGAAUGCCUUGGAUUAUCAACAUUGUUAAGAAACGGUGUUUAUGCUUCCUACUUAUUCUUAACAGAGAUAGCAGCCAUGUUUCAAGUGAAAAGAACUGAGUUUAUGUAUAUAUAUACAAUUGUAAUGCAUUUCUUCUGUAAAGAAAAGUGAAAGUCUCCCAAAAUUUAGAGCACAAUGCCUUUUAAUGAGCUCCACAUCACAACACUAGAAAGAUUACAUGUAGAGAGAUGCUUGUGAACUGUUGGGGUUUUUGAACCAAUAUUAGAAGGUGGCAUAAUAUUAUAUCAUGGGACUUAUCAGUAUACUUAUAUAUUUUAAUUUAAGAGUACAAUUGUUCUCAGCAUAUUCUGCUAAUUUAUAAGCAGGCUGAGUUAAUAAAAGUUUAAAUUGAAGAGGAAAAUCCAUGAAUUACUGAAACAUGAAGGGAGAAUUUAUUUUUAGAGUAAAGCUGUUUUCAGUUUUGUUGAUGAACCACAGGGAGUUUGCAGGUAAUAUUUGAUGUUAGCCUGAUUUAGUCUCAGAAAUCAAGAUGCCAGGUGUAAUUAAAUCUAGAUGUAAGAAUUAGUUAAACAUACUUUAUAAUCUUCGAGCAAGUAUCUUUUGGAAAAUUGAUUUCAGUAUUUCCAUUGUAGUUGUUUGUAAUACAUUAGCUAUUGAUCUUAGACACGCGGAAAGGACUGUGUUUGUCCUGGGUUAUGUUGCCUAGGUCUUCUAGUUUCAGUAGAACCAUGAUUGUUUACUUCAGGUUAAUUCCUCAGCAGGUGUCAUUUGGCAAUGAAAUUACUUACAACAGCAUUAAAAUGAUAAUUUAUUGUAAAUUUUAUUAAUUAGCUAUCCAUUUAGAAAGAAAUCCCGCUAAUUUGUUGAAAUGUCCAAGAUGAAAACAAAAAUAGCAUAGCUAACAUUUCUGUAAUUGCUGUUUAAAAAUAAAGGCUCAGCUCAGCUUUUCUUAGAGAGAAAGAAGGUGAUGAUUUGUCCAUAACUGUCAGAAUAAUAAAAAUAGAGAGCUGAACAGCCACAGCAUGGCUGAAUUGUUUUGAGGUGGAAAAAAAAAAAAGACAAAUAAUUGAACACAUUGGGUUUUUGUUUUAGUUAAAAAUAGGUAGUUAUUUGGGAAGAUGGAAAGUUUGUUUGAUAAAUCCUAUAUGCUGUGAAUUGUGUUUUCUGUUAUUUGUGAGCGUUCUGUAUUUUAUGUCUUUUAAGUUACUUGACAACACAUGUUCAUGUUUAAAAUUAGCAUGAGUUUUACACUAUAAGCAACAUGUGCAUGCUGAAGUAUUUUUUUAUCUGUUAUUUUCGUGCAAGUAGAUAAAUCAGAUGGGUUGCUUGUGUUAAAAAUAUUAUAGGAAAAAGUAUUCUACAGUCUCUGGGGACAGACAGUUGAGUUUUGUCAUUAGUGCGGAUCUGAAUUUUAUUUAUUUUUUUUUCACAAGGUGGCAGUCUUGCACCGUCUCAUUGAGGUGACCAACUGCUUAGCGUAAUGCUGCUUGAAGUCAUAGCGUCAGGGUUUUUAGCAAGACUAUUUCUGAGAAUUAGAAAACUUCAAGUUCUGUCAUGGCUGGUUGCUUGUUCUAGUAACUGGUUUGGCUAAAAUAUCGUGGCAUAUAAGUUUAAAUUAUGUUGUAUGAUAAGGUUUAGAAGAAGAGCAAGUUGUGUUCAUCUUUAAAUGGUCUUUUUUGAUAUUUUUGGUAUUUGUGAAAUUUUCAUAUCUAGACUGAGAGAACAAAAUGAAACCUAAAGCUUACUGUUGAAAUUAUGUCAUUGUUUUAAACAGUGUAGUUGCUUAAAAAGUUAGCAAAUUUCCUUCUGCUGUUUUAUUAUUAAAUUUCACAGCAUUCUUAUUUUCUUCACAUACUCAUUCUGUUCAUUACUGUCUAAAAAGAAAAAAAAAUUGGGAGGACAAACUGAGGAAAGCAAAGUAAUUAUACUUUGAGACCGACACCUGCUUUUCUGAAAUAUUUGCUCUUUUUAAUUGGAUGAUGCAUGUAUGAAAAAUAAAUGCUCAAGUGUCUGUUAGCCCUAUAGUAGCUGGCAUACUGCAUUUUAAAUGCGUCAUUUAGUUUUUGUGUAAUGGAAAAGUGUAAAGCCAGAGUCCGUGAAAAUGACUGCUUCCAGUUAUCUCAAAUUCUUUGUCUAUAUUCACUGUCCAAACAUUUUUUCCCUGAAAAGCUUUGCUUUCCUUGCUUACCUCUUGUUAGAUAGGCUAUGCUUUUUCUUUUCAAUUCAGUGACAUUUGUAUGUCAGCCGAGGCAUCUUUUAUAGAAAAGCAUCCUUCUUAAAAGUAUGCUUUAGAUGGAUGCAGAUAAUUGGUUUUACUAACAUCAUUUUACAAACAAAAAGAAUUUCUCCACAAGACAAAUGCUAACCUAGCUAGCAACGUGUAGCUAAAAUGCCCUUAAUUUGUGAGGUUUUUUGCUUAAUCUUGGAAUAUGCUCAGGGCCUCAUGCUGUUCCUUCAGCUUCAGGGAUAGCUGGGAUAUGAGGAGCAGGAAGUGAGAGGAAAAAGAUGUGCACAGAUAAUUGCAGUAGCUAGGAGUGUGCAAUGCUACCGGGAGCAGAAAUGAGUGGGGUGCUCUGGGGGCUUUUGAGGCACUGCUGUGUUUAGCGGUGCACUGUGGCUUGCUGAAGUACGUGGUGAUGCAGGAGAGUUCUUUGCUGUGCAUGAGUGGAAAUCUCUUCUCUGGCUGGAAGGUGGAGCUGCUUGUACCUAGAGCUGGCCCGAUCACUGUGAGAAUGAUCGUGCUGAAACUUGGGAGUUAAUUGGUUUAUUGAAAGUUGUUUUGGUACUUAGGCUGUGGAUCUGUAAAUGAAAACUGUUCUUAUUGUGUUCCAGAAAGGUUGUGAGCUUACUUGAAUUGCAGCUGUGGGUCAGCAAUGGGGAAGGGGUUGCUUUCAUUAUCAGGUUGUUAGUUGCCCAGAUAGUCUAGCAUUUUUAUAAAGCAAAAGUUGCCAUAUCUUAAAAAAUAAACACUUUUAAAACAAUGGCUUCCCAUGUGCUUUAUAUCCUGGUUUCAAGUAGAUGUAAAUUAAUAUCCCAUGCAUUUGAUUCAAAUUGGUAUGAACUUGUGUUAACAGUGGCAGUGUGCGCCUUUUCAAAGAUGUAAUUGCAAAAGUUCCUGUCCUUAGCUACCUUCAGAUCUUCUCUAAUGAGAUUAGAUUUCCACAUUUUCAUAUCAGCCCUCCUAAAAGUAUUGUCGUAGAAAUAAUCUUGUGAAUAUACAAUGCAAAAGGAAUGGUUACGGUGGUUAUUGCUGACAAGAGUCUCUAAUUUUAGGGCACUGCUUCAGAUACUGAAGUUUAAUACACAUAAAUCAUUCUCCAUUUUCCUGCGUUCUCAUUGAAUCUCAAACAAAGCAUUGCUUGGCUGAAUUGAAAUUUAAAUUACAAGCUUCAAAACACCAAAGGAGACGCAGUCAGGAAUAUCACUGAUUUCAGAGAUAGCGCUUCCCCCUCUGGGUCAGCACUGAGCAAAUGCCGUAACAUUGUUUGUGGGUGGGAGUAAGCCCAUCAUAACUGUAGUCCUGGCAAAGAGCAGUGGGUGUUUUAAACCUAAUGUUCUCUUUGUUGCAUAUAGGAUUCCUUACUCACUGCUCUACACUCCUGUGCCGCUAUAGCACUAUAUACUUUUCAUUACUGAGAGGAUUAUUUUAUGUUAGUAGUCCAUUGAGAUAGUUGUGAAGGUGGGAAUUCAUCUGCCAGGCAUCUUGUCAAAACUAACUUCUAGUGUGUUCUACUUUCCAGAGCACAGCCUGUUUGGGCAGGGCCCUCACAUGAGCUGGGGAAGCCUCGUAUCCAAGAUUCAGGCCAGAAUGACCCAUCUUUGAGCCAGUUUUCCUGGCAUCCACUCUGCUAGCUGAAUUUGAAAAGUUUUAGCCCAAUACUAUGUGUUAACUUCCUUUAAAGUUUCAAGAAACCUUGUGGAAUAACCUUCGCUGUCUAGGUCCAGUCCUCCAGGAAAAGAACCAGGAACAUGUCAAAGGAAAAGGAAAUUAUGUGAUGGCUAUGGUAAAGAGCUGUAUCUAUCCUUGAUAAAAAUGUACCAGUGCACAUCUGCUUCAAUAACAGUGAGUUUUGUUCAAUUAAUUAUGACUAAGAUGGAAUUUUCUGCAUUAUUUCUGAAACAAGGAAGAAUGCUACUUUGCUUAAAACCAAAAAGAAAUUAAGUGCUUGCACUUUUCUUAAGAAUUAAGAAGAAAAUAUAUUUGGGAUUUUUGAGCCAUCUGUUGUCUGAGAGGAGCUUUAACUUUGCCUUCAAGACAAAUACUCGUUAUUUCCCUCCACCCUCCUUUACUGUGUAUAAAGUGUAGGCUGCUUGAAUUUUGGAGGGGGUGAAGGAGGAGGUAGCAUUACGAUGACCUGAUCCAGCUGUUUGCCUGAUAGGAAGCCACAGAACUUUAUCUGGGAACUUCCACCAAGGCGGGAAUUACUUUCCACAUUAUGUAAGUGAAUCCUGUAGAGUUUAAUAUUUUGUAGCUGAAAUGGAGCACAUCUUCUGAAAAUACACCCUAUUUAAAGCCAUCAAGUAGUGAUGAAUUUGCCAUAUCCUUUGGCAAGAUUUUUCAGAGAUUGUUUUUACUCAUAGGAAACUUUUUUUCUCUAGUUAUGAGCUUUAUGCUACAUCUUUGCAAAUUCUCAUUUUCUUCUUCUACACACACAGAUACACACCAUUUAUACUGACAUGUUCAGGUCACAACUCAACAGCCUCUUAACCUACUGGCCUACAGACACAUGAGGACUCUUGUGCUCCAGAUUGUUCUUCUCUUGGCUUUUUUUUCAGCAUGUAAAAAAAGUAUGAUCACCAGAAUCAAAGACUGUACAGCACUUUUGAGCUCUUCUUUUUAUAGGGAAGAAGUAUCAUCUACCUAGAUCUGUGUACCUUGCUCUGUUUGGCCAAAACAAGCUCUGUGGCAAUUUGUAUGGUUACCCUUAGCAUGCUGGCUUCCUUGUAGGUGAGGCAUCACUUUUUGACUUCUAAAGUCACGCUAAUGGAAAAAUCAGUCCAAAAUAAACAUAUUAACAAUUCUCAUAACAACUGCUUUCAUCUUUGUCAGUGAAGUGGCUAGAGAUGUGCACCUCAGUCUGUAGGAAUAACCAGGGAGAAGAAAGCAGGGUGAGGGCAUGUGAAGUUUCAUUUUGGCUGAGUGGUUUAUGAUUUGGAUGUUUCCUGUAGAGCUCCUUAAAGUUAAAUGCUUAUGGAGGUAAAUUUAGUUGAUUGAUUAAUGUCUUGGUCUGUAAAGCCAGGGCUAGAAUCACAGAAUCAUAGAAUUGUUUAGGUUGGAAA